UUUCAAGCGUGGCUUCCUUCACGAGCAGCAGCGUCGAAUAAUCGUGGCCGUGUGCGGUUUCAUUUUAACGAUUGAAGUAAGUUUUUAUGUUCGGAACGCAACUAAAGUACAUCUAGUUCGGGUCAGGACUAAGAAACGCUAGUUUUGCGUUCAAGUGAUCAAAUCCUCGAGAAGUGUGCAAAAGGCAGGUUAAAUUUUUUUAAGCUCUGUGACAAACGAAGGCAAAAGAUGGCAGAAGUACAGGACACUGAAAUGAAUGGUGCACAGGAGGCUGCACAGGAUAACGGAAACAAUCAGCCUGCUACUGAUCAAAGUAGCGCAACCACAAACGAAGGUACUUCCUCCACAACCAACGGAGGUACCACCGAAAGCAGCAGUAACAAUAGCCAAAGUGUGCGCGACGAUGACAGAAAAUUAUUCGUUGGUGGACUUAGUUGGGAAACAUCUGACAAGGAUCUUAAAGAACACUUCAGUGCUUACGGCGAUAUAGAAAGCAUCAAUGUGAAGACGGAUCCCAACACAGGCAGGUCGCGAGGCUUCGCCUUUAUCGUCUACAAGAACGCCGAUUCCAUCGAGAAGGUCGUAGCGGCCGGGGAUCAUGUCAUCAACAACAAAAAAGUCGACCCGAAGAAGGCGAAGGCUCGCCACGGGAAAAUUUUUGUUGGUGGCCUCACGUCGGAAAUAAGCGAUGAGGAAAUCAAAAUAUUUUUCGGUCAAUUUGGCAACAUUGUAGAGGUAGAGAUGCCGUUCGACAAGCAGAAAAAUCAACGUAAAGGGUUUUGCUUCAUCACGUUCGACUCCGAGCAGGUUGUGAACGAAUUGCUGAAAACUCCUAAACAAACCAUCUCCGGAAAGGAAGUAGAUGUAAAGAAGGCUACUCCCAAGCCAGACAACAUGGGUCCUAUGGGCCCGAUGGGCGGGCGGGGUGGUAUGCGAGGCCCCCCACCCCGUGGCAUGCGAGGAGGUCGUGGUGGACCAGGUGGACCAAAAGGCUACGGACAAGGAUGGGGCGGCCAAGGCUAUGGCGGCUACGGUUACGGGCAAGGAUAUGGCGGAGGAUAUGAUGACUACGGUUAUGGCGGAUACGACGGAGGUUACAUGAACGGAGGACGUCCUGGUGGACCACGUGGAGGGGGUAAAGGUGCUGCUGGUGGAUAUGGGGGUGGUAAGCAACGCGGUGGUGGAGGUAGCGGGCGUCAGCCUCGUCAUACACCCUACUAAACGAAAUGCCCGCCAUGUUGAGAAAUGUUCAAGUGAUGAAGAGGAAGAAAUGAGAGAAAGGGAGAGAGAGAGGCAGCACCUCAGCAUUUUAGCAUCAUAUAAUUAUGCAUUCGUCGUCGUCAUUCAGCGAUUUGUCAUAUAAUUAUGCAUGUGGCUUGUGGUACUUUUUUGUAUUGUUCACCAGGACAUACGGGGAAAGAAAAUAUCUUUAAGCAUGGUUCUAUUGGAACGUAUACCAGUUGCAUCCGUUCUACAAGGCCUUUCCAGUUUAUUCACACACACACACACACACACACACACACACACCAUAAAAUACAAAUAUUGUAUAAAUUAGCGACAGAUUAUAUCUCUUUUAGUUAUAAGAGAAACCCAAGUUGUAAUGAUACUAAAAUUCUAACACCAGGACAAGAAUUAUCAGUACGUUCUUAUUGAAAUCAAGCGCGAUUGGUUCUCUAACUUCGUAACGUCUAUCUUAAUUCAAUGUUUCAACCAUGGCCUGAAUUCAUCUGCUUUCUUUUCAUCCAUGAAUCCAAAAUCAAAACACCAGGGACUGCAAACGUAUGAUUUGUGGUACGUCCUUAAGACGCCUGUACUCUACGAUUUUGCGAUAGAUAGUGACACAUCAUUUGAUAGUUAUAAUUGCGAAGCACAGAUAGUCAUUAAAACAUAGUUGGUGCAGUUAUUUCCGUUGUGCUCAUUGUAUGAAUCGAUUUGUUGCAGCAGUCCAUUCUAUUUUAGAAUGAUGGUCCCAAACGUAUUGGUCUCUAAUGAACACUUGCAAGGAUGUGACCAGUUUUUGCAAAUUUAUGACAAUUUCCUUUGAAUUCAUUUCGAAGCCAUUCUCAAUAGAUUCGUAUAGUAUUAGUGAGCUUUUCUCGUUGUGCAAGUAUAGUAACUCCUUUUCACAAUUAAUUUUGAAAUAUUGUAAAUAAAAGUUCUCAAUCCCCUGGUCAUGCAACCUGAACAAGAAAUUUAAGUCUUUUUAUUUAUAAAACAUGGUUCCUAGAAACUACUGACAUCUGGCGAAUUCAAAUUGUGAUGGUGUCACGUCCGAACGAUUUAUUUCUUGUCUAGCAGGUUAGAUUUAGAUAGACUAGAGCAAUCUGGUAUUAGGUUGUCAAGGAAGGGGAUACAAUAGCAGAUAGGAAUAAGAUAGCCGUACCAUGAAAUAGAAUAAGGAUCUUGAGAAAAUAGAAAAAAAACAUCAAUUUUAAAACUAUAUAUUUUUCCGUUUUCUCGUUGGUGUUAAGGAAACAAACCUUGCACCAUCACAACCCACCCCAAGUAAAAUAUGUUCUGCUGGAAAUAAUGAAUAAAAAUCAUUGCGCACCAACCAACGACAGCAGAGUGAGUGCCUGGUGAGACAUCAAUGUGAUUAUAGAUCCACUUUGAGCCGUUUGAUGUUGUUCGAUUAAACGAAUGUGAACAAUAGAGCGCUUAUGUGAUUUGCUCUGUUCAGCUUGAAUUCAAUUCGGCGUUUUUGUCGAUAAACUUUCGGAAGUAAAAUAGGUCAACUACUAUUAGUCAACUACUAUUAUUACUACUAAAUAUUCUAGUCUUCCCCUUAGAGAAAGCUCACAUCGCGCGUGUAUCGAACAUUCGUGUUACGUCAAGUCACACGAGAGUCAUAACUGAGUGGUUCAUUCGUUCUCACAGGUAAUCAUAACAAUAGAUUCCAUCGAGUGUUUAUGAUAACUUCCGAACGGGGUCAUUGAGACGCGGAAAAGCAAGCAUCCUUGGGGCUUGGAUUGAUUGAAUUCGCGCAAGCCACAUAAAGAACCACGCUGACUCUAUCAGCCGGCCGAUUGAUGUGGUAUGAAUGAAAUUCGUUAUUUCUGCUGCUUUUGAUUGGGGUAAGUCGUUGAAGUCUUAUGUAAAUCGAGAAUGAAUGGUGCCCGUAUGACAAAAUGUAUGCAACCGGGUCUAUUAUUGUUUAAUAGACCCGAAAUUGUUCUGGCGACGGGUCUAUUAAGCGUUAAUAGACCCGGUUUCAUAUACCUUCUGUCAAUGGGGUAGUAGCCGAUCAGGACUGCCCGAGGAAAACACGACUUGUAUUGUUUUAUUUCUUCAAUAUUGGAUGAUUGGAUACUGGUUUUUUUUACUGGAUACCAAGCGAGA